AUGGAGAUCAAAAAAUCAAAAUCCCAAGAAUGCCUGGUUUGUCGAAAAUCAUCAAAUGGAAUGCAUUUUGGAGCAAUUUCUUGUCGAGCAUGCGCCGCUUUUUUUCGGUGAGCUCUGGAAUCUCAAAAAAAAUUUUGUUAGCCUAACUCCCAUUUUCAGACGAGCUACAGUAUUGAACAUUCAAUAUGAAUGCAAAAAAGGAGAAAUGAAUUGUAAUAUUGAUGGAAGAGGAAGAUUUGUAUGUAGAUUUUGUCGAUUUUCGAAAUGUCAACAAAUUGGAAUGAAACCUGAUAGUCAGUUUGGUUUUUGAAAAAUCAACAGAAUUCUGAAAAAAAUCCCGUUUUUCACUCCAGAAGUUCAACUAGAUUACGAUCCAACAUAUUCAAUAAGAGGGUUGCUAAAUGAUGAUUCUGGAAGUGAUGAUUCAGCUACAAAUUCUCCAAGUUGUUCGAAAUCUGAAGAAGAAAUCAAUUUUUCACCGAAACCUUCAGACAAACCGAUUGCAAAAAUUGAUUUUUCGGAUUUGACACAGAAAAUCGAAUAUCUUUUUGAUUGCAAAACAGAAGACUGUGAAAAAGAUGAGCUGGAAAUAUUAUCGAAUUCAAUUUCACUUUCAGAAGAAUCUCGUAAAAAUCCCAGAAUUCAAGAAAUCCAUCAAAUGGAAAUAUUUGAAAUGAUAAAUCUACUGAAAAAUGAGAUAAUUUGGAAAUGGGCAAAAUGGAUGAAUUCGAGUCAAUUAUUGAGGAGAAUUGAGAAACAACAAAAAAUGCAAGUUUUUCGGAAUUCUUGGAAUAUUCUACAUAUUUUUGAGAGGUUGUAUAGAACAUCGAAGAAUUUUUUGAGUGAGCAAAUUCUGAUUUCUGAUGAUUUGCUAUGGAUUUGUGGGAAAAGUUAUUAUAAUAUUUCAAGUAUUUCUGAGAUUUCUAAUCAAUAUUUUGCAAAGUAAGUUAACCAUUAAACACAUACACCGUGACGCACAAUUACACACAGAAAAAAUUUGCCAGCUACAGUAGUCGAAUAUAAAUUAUGUUUGCAUGAAUAUCCCACAAGCCUCUGAAGUUUUUUGAGGGAUUUUUUUUCUGGGUCAAAAAAUUGCGAAAACGUCGAAUUUUCAAGUCUCUGAAGUCAUUUUUCACGUAAAAUUUCAAAUUUUGGCUAAAAAAGAGAAAUUCUAAUUUUUGGGAAAUCCGCUCCAACUGGGAAAAUGUCUUUAAUUAUCCUAAUUAACAAAAAAAUAAAUUUUUAUAGAUUAUUCGAUCCAUAUCUUCAAAGAUUCAUCGAUGUAAUUGGUAAACAAUUAUCCGAAAUGCAAUUAACAAAUCAAGAAUUAAUAUUUUGCCUAAUUCAAUUAAUUGGAUAUGAUACAACAGAUUUAACACAAGAAACUAUUGAGAUUAUCGAAAAUUUGAAGCAUCAAAUCGCUGAUCAAAUGCAUAAUUAUUACUCGAAUUAUUCGGAUUUGACUAAUUAUUCAUAUCGAUUAAUUAGAUUGAUGAAUAUUGUGAAAAGUAUGAAGGUAAAUUCAUUUGGAUUUUUUAGAGUUCUGAAAAUCAAUGAAUAAUUUUGCAGAAAAUUGCCAUCGAGAAGAAUAAAGUCAAAGAAUUAUUCUACAUUUUCGACAUUUUUCAUGCCGAUAUUUCUGAUCCCUAUUUUUUUGAUAUUUUUUGA